GCUACAACAACUACAAAAUUCUGCUACUACAAACCACUUGAUCCUUACGUACCAACCCAUUCUUUCAUUACCAGAAAAUAAAACAACUACCGCACAAAUAAUACUGGAACUCCACAAGGUCCAACUUACUUUACACAAUGAUAGUAACAUCUGGCCAAUACUAAUGAAUCAAAUAGGAACCUCUAUCAACAGUAUACUAUACUCAAACCCGAAAGCCUCAGUCAUAAAAGGAAAACUAAAUACACAUCAUAUCUACUUUAUCGAACAAUUAACUAAUUCUUCUCAUACACAGCUCUUAACUUGGCAGGAAUCACAUCACAAUACACAAAAAAUACCCAGAGGCAGACAACCUAAAUGGUACAACACCCUCCUAAAUGAUAUUGCUGCAGCAGAAAAUAUUCAUAAUCAGCUUAUCCAACCCAACCCUUUCACUAUACCACCUAUAAAUAACCAACACAUUGUAUGGGUCUAUAACCCACAGCUUCAAGUUUUUGGAAAAUUUUCAAAAAGAAAAAAUCAAACUAUCAUCUUUCGAUAUUGGAAACAAUUACCAAACAACCCUCAAAGACUAACCAAGUGCAUGGGAUGCAUACUUAGCUCUCCAAAUCAACAAUGCUGCUACCUCAAAGAUUCUGCACAAAACUUAAUACAUAUACAAGUAGACAAAAAGAAAUAUAUAUAUGCAAACAUCAAGGAUCUAAACACAACUCCUAUACAACCCUGCGUUAAUACUACAAAACAACUACAAAAACACACCUUUACUAUGUAUAAAGACCAGAUCUCAAAAAACUUAAUGGAAGCUACACCCAAUCUAUACCAAAAAUUAUAG